AUGCCCAAGGAACCUUGGCUGGCUGGGUUGGAUGAAGACUGGCCCUCACAACCAUCCACACCGUGCUCUUUGUCUCAUUCGCCAACCCUCCCAGGAAGCGGUCACAAGCAUUCAGCGCGCAAAUGCAUUAGUUGCGAAGAGCGAAGCCGGAUACCCAAACCUGAGGCUCCGUCCCCCCGAAUACGAGGAAGAAUUACGCCUAGAGGCGCAAAACAAAGCCAAAUGAAACGGGGUGGCAGUACAACUCCUACAAGUGCUCGAGCAUCGCCAUCACCGCGUGCCAGUCCCUCUCCACGAGCUUCGCGAACGUCAAAGAGCCCUGCGAAGCCUUCCCCCAAAACGAGCGUCAACCAACCGACGCCAGCGCGUAAAAGGCCAACCUCUACGCCGCUAAAGAACGUGAUGUCAGCUCGGUCGAGUUCCAUGGCAUCAACCCGUACAAGCGAACAGGGAACAGUUCAAGUACGAGCUGAUAAGGAAGAUACAAAGGGCACUCCGGAAUGGAAGCGGCGUAUCGUUCGAGGAGAGAUAUCUGCCGACGAACAACGUGAUUUAUUCGCACCCAUGGGACUAGAGAACAUCUUCAGACAACCGGUGAAUGCCGCAGGCUCCGACGUUUUGUCCUCGUUCGCUCUAUUCAAUCAUACUGAAAGCGAUGCUCAGUUUCAGGCCGCUAGAGGAACAGCAGACAAAGGCUCUCGGCGUAAGGUUUCGUUCAAGACUAACGACACGGUAGAUUACGACCACAAUGUCUCAGCAGAUUCGGUACAUCUUAAAGUGCGGACAAUAUCUAAGCGCGGCAAAUAUGGCCUGGACGGUGUCUCAGAUACGGAUAGUCGUUUGCGUUCGGCCAGUGGGGAGGAGGAACUCCGCAAUGAAGACUUGACCCCUAUAUUUUUAUCAACGAACAACACUGUCGAACGUCGCACUGGUUCGGGUAUCUUGCAAUCUGCACUAAAGCAGCUUAAUGACAUGUCAGGAGGUUCGGAUCAUCGACAGUCAACAACCACCGGGGAAGACCGAGGAAAUGGUGAAGCCACUACUCUCAAUCCCAACGAACUCGUCGGUUUCAGCAGCCCGUACUUUCCGGAGGAUCUUUCCACAGGCACACAAGACGCAUUGCCAACUACUCAACCUUUUGUCACUAUCGAGCGAGGAGGCCACUCCGAGGGCUCCUUCCAAAUGCGGCAGCUUAGCGCUUCAUCCUUCCCGUCUAAUCUACAGUCUUCUGUCCUCACCAAUUCGAAGAUUCGUAGUUCGCCACCAAUGAUUGACUAUGAUGCUACCCCUCAAUCUCCUAACGACAGACACGCGGUUCCUAUAAUCAGCUUUUCACCUGAGGGAGAACCAAGUUCCGGAAGACCGCAAACUGCUAACAUGAGCAGUCCACUUAAACUUUUCGCCAAUCAUGACACUUUCACGAACAACAAGCUCCUACGGCGCAUGAGCCAAUUUGAAGAGACAUUUCAAGAUGUAUCACAAGACGAUGAACCACCAUCGCCAUCCCUGAUCGCGAAAAGGACGCGUACUACAAAACGCAGCCUGCCAAAUCUCAGACGCGGAAAUUCCCAUCCACAAAAAACUGUUACUCGUCCGGCUACUCAAGAUGCCGUGAAUCCUCGCAUGAACAGCUUCGGAAACAGCCAUUUCAACUUCGGGUUCGCUAGUCAAGAAGCUAGCUUGGUGCCCAGUAUCUCCUUCCAACAAUCGUAUAUACGUGAACGACAACUUAGACAGAGGUCGACUUCUCGAAAUACAGCGAACGAGAACGUACGGAGAGCUAAAAGCCUAGAGAAUCUACUAGACACCGGAUCUUCCACAAGGGCUCUCCAGAGAAGACUUUCACGCCACCCUAGCAGCCGCCGAUCUAGUCUGGGGAUACCUCAGUCCAACUCCAACGUAAGACGCAUAAGCAAUAUGUCAAGCAGGACCACAGCUCGGAAAAGGCGUCGAACUCUACAACAUACCGAAGGCCAGGCUGUCGAUGCUACGGAACUAAUUGAAUCUAUACUUAACAUGAGCCUCGAGGAGAAGACGACGAGGGACCAAUCUCAAAUCGAACAUACCGAAGUUCCAUGGAACAGGGUUUCAUCGAGAAGCGGUUUUCAUAGAGCUGAUGAUUUUGACGAAGAUUCCUCAAGUCCAGAAGAUCACAAGCGCUCCCUUACUACUCAGGAUUUCAUGGAUGAGGCUACCAAAGUCAUGAGUAUAAUCCGAGCAAAGAGCAAAUACACGAACGGAUUAGCGAGCGUGGAAGAAUCAAAUCUUACAGGGCAGGAUGAAGAGGAGGACGACAUGUCCAGUCGAGAAAACCUUUCACGACCUCCAAGUCGCGAAGGUGUGGAUAUGCGGAAGUUCAGAGAACCGCGACCGUUGCACCCACGUGUUGUCAGUCAUCUCAAGAAGUUUGCGGAUAAAGAAGAUACGGAACAACUCAUGGCAUCGGUCAUGUCCGAUUUGUACAAAGGGAACGAGCUGAUUGUCGAUGACUCGAAAGUUGGCGGAGAUGGGACGAAUAGUCUGCAGAAUGUGCGGAUUUUCCCUCAGCGAAAACGAAAGUAUUCGGAUGAUGACACCCCCAUGCAUUCAAUCCCAACUGUAACAUCCAGUGGUUCAAAUACUAAGGGCGUUAUUGCUUCUGACAUGGUUUCACACUUAAUUCCAGAACAAGUCAACGGGAUGAAUUACGAUCGAGCAACGAAAUCUUGGAUCAAACAGAAAGUCAACCUGGCAAAUGGAAAUAUCCGCAGCGAAGAAAGUGAAGAUGACCCAUUUGGCAGUAUCCCCGAUCUGAGUUAUGAUGAGCUUGAAGAAAUCAAGAGAGCCGAACAGUUCGCUUCUCCAUGCAAAAACGGACCGACAACGGAAACUGGACGAAUAGAGACAACGAUUAAUGAGAAAAUCACCUCUCAAGGGUCCGAAAGACCAGUCACUCGUGACGGAAAUCCUCUUAUAGCCGACUCCAGCUCUGUACAUUCGAAGACUACGCGGUUCACCUCGAGUGGCCCACAACCCGAAACUCGAGCCACGUCAUGGGGAACAGAACAUAUCACUGUCAAUGUGGGCAGGUUUGCACAGCACGGUGCGAAUAAGUUAAGCGGUGAGCCUAUAGCGGAUCAGGAUCAAUACACCAGGAAUUCGAAGCAAUCCAUGGGGUCCAAUUCAAAGAGGCCUGGAACUAUUAGCUUCUCUUCUCCACUCGUAUCGCACAUCUCCUAUCUUGACGACGGCGAGGAGGUAAAGACGCCAAAAAUCAACACAACUGAAGAACAUGAUGAGCGACAAUUUGAUCACAGACCAUCGGCUGGUGCUCCAUCUCGCCGCACUUCCCUGGAUGGGAUACCGUUUAUUGGUCGUCCCAUAUCUCGUAUUGACGAACGGACGGAGGAGAGUUAUGCAGAAAUGAGUUUGGUUCGUCGAAACUCAACAGGGCAGCUCGGCUCUACACCGAUGUCACAACGAUUAGAAAGAUCCAUGGUAGUUCCAUCAUCUAGAGAACAAGACACCUACAGCUUCUAUUUGAGCUCGCUUGCCGAAUUCACCGUCAAUCAGACAGAUGACCCUAUACAUCCCGAGCCCAGCUAUGUUGCCCCUCGCACUCAUCCCACUUCUUUGCGUCAAAUACACGGAACUUUUGCUCUGGCUACAGAAGACCUCAUCAGACAUAUCACUGAUGUGGAACCUACUGAACCUUUUUGGGGGCAAUUACGCCGGUUGUCUCUGCGGGAUAAAGGCAUCGUUACUCUUCAUCAGUUGGACAAGUUUUGCCCUCUACUAGAGGAGUUGGACGUCUCUGAGAAUGAACUCGCACAACUUGACGGAACUCCCUCAACUCUGCGUGACUUGUGCGUGCAGCACAAUUGUCUUACAAACUUGACUGCCUGGGGCCACCUUAUCAACCUUCAAUAUCUUGACAUCUCCGGCAAUCAACUUGAAACUUUAGACGGCUUUUCAGGGCUGAUCCAUCUCCGAGAGCUUCGCGCCAACAAUAACAGAAUACGCAACGUAAAGGGAAUAUUUGGAUUGAACGGUCUUUUGCGUUUAGAGCUGAAGAACAACAACCUGACUACGGUGGAUUUCGAGGGCUCAGAAUUGAUUCGUUUGAGUGAACUUGAUCUCAGCAACAACCAAAUCGGUGCCGUUCAUCAUCUUGAGUACCUUCCAGCUAUAGAGACUCUAGAUCUAAGCGAAAAUCAGAUGAGAGAGCUUCACGCGCAUGUACCGAUCCGAAACCUAUGCAAUCUGAAAGUAUCGAGCAACCGAUUAUCUGCAUUCGAUGCGUCAUGUUAUCCAAAGCUGCGACUGCUCUACCUUGAUAACAAUUAUUUGACCACUGUAACCGGCCUGUCUGGAUGCGGGAUCGAAAUCUUCUCGGUACGAGAGCAAUUCUCUGGGCAAUCACCGGAACUGGGAGCAUCUCUUGACAUUGAUCUUACACCACUCAGUGACGCUCGCAAGAUCUUUUUAUCAUCCAACCGACUCUCAGAUCGAACACUUUCACCUUCGGUUCCGAUGCUAGCAUUGCAACUUCUGGAUAUUGCGUCUUGCGGCCUCCGGGAUCUUCCAAGUCACUUUGGGAAAAACUUUCCUAAUCUACGUGUUCUCAAUCUGAAUUUCAACUCCGUUAGCGAACUUGGAGCUAUCGCCGAUAUGAGAGGUCUGAGUCGUUUGACAGCAGCAGGUAAUCGAAUCAGCAGACUCCGCAUGCUCUGCCAGGUCGUAGCAAGAAUCGGACGAUCGAGUCAGCACGAUUACAGUUCUCUGAGGACCAUUGAUCUUCGAAAUAACCCUCUCACCGUUGGAUUCUAUCCACCGCAGAUUUCGGGAAGCGGACGUGCUGAGACGCAUAUCAAAGUGUUGGAAGACAAGCUUCAAAAGACACAUCAGCGCCAGAACCGUAUCGAAACGGGCGCCGACUUGCUACCAGCCAUGCUUGGGGAAACAGAAGACAAUGCAGUGGUUGGAUUUGGGAGUCAGACGAAUGGCAAGGAAAGGGGCGCAGACGUGGAAAUAGACGAUCCGUAUACGCUUCCCCUUGCAGACGCCGAAGCGGAUCAGAAAUAUCGAUCCCGACUGGACGGAUCUACCAAAUCAAGACGUAUGACAUUGGAAGUCCUAUUGUAUGCCGGAACUAGCGGCUCUAUCAGGGUCCUAGACGGUCUGGAGCUCAGACCUAUUUUGGAAAAUGAGAAAGGAGAUGUUGAUAGACUGUGGAGUAAGUUGGAGCAAUUGGGCGUUUUGACGAAGAAAUCUCCGGACAAUGCAUUGUGUCAGUGAUGAAUUGGGUUCGGAUUAAGGAGGUUUCUAUUUGCAUGCAUUUUCUUGGUUUUACUGGUUUUGGCUCGUGGGGUUGAGCGGUGCUAUGGCAUGGUUUGGCGGUUUGAUACAUGAGAAGCA